AUGUUUCCCCCUCAUUGCGGGAAAGAAAGCCUGGCUGGCCUGCUGUGUCUCGAAAGUAAACAGAGCCUACGGUAUAAGAUCGAGGGCCAGGACCCACUCUCAUCCUGGAUCGCGGGCCCCUCUGGAAAGAGCAGGAAGGUCACGGCCGCUAUGGAGCCCAAGGUGAUCUACGUGGGGGUGCUGGUUUUUGCGCUGGCCCUCGGCAGCCUGGCGCAGAGUGAGACCGAGAUGUGUCAGGUGGAACCCCAUCAAAGACAGAAUUGCGGUUACUCUGGCAUCACGGCGAAGGACUGUGAAGAGAAAGGCUGCUGCUUUGAUAGCACAGUCCGUGGAGUCCCGUGGUGCUUCCAUUCUGUGCACUCGGAGGAAGUGGGGAGUGUGCGCUCUUCUGGUGGCCCUGGGGUGCGGAUGAACGUGGACAUGGGACCCCGAGGCAUCUGGCUCCUGGCUGCCCUUCUCCUGCUGGGUGUGUGCACCCUGGCAGGGGCCCAGAAACCAGAUGCCUGCCAGUGCUCGCGCCGGGAACCCCAGAACAGGGUGAACUGCGGCUUCCCGGGCAUCAGCAGUGAUGAGUGCUUCUCCAGAGGAUGCUGCUUCGACUCCAGCGUCGUCGGGGUCCCCUGGUGUUUCAAUCCCCUCCCGAAGCAAGAGCUGGAGGAGUGUGUCAUGGAGGUCUCGGCCCGCAAGGACUGCGGCUACCCCGGCAUCAGUCCCGAGGAGUGUGAGUCCCGGAGGUGCUGCUUCUCCGACACCGUCCCCCAAGUGCCCUGGUGCUUCUACCCCAUUUCCACGGAAGCGGCGAACCAGUGUGCGGUGCCGGCCAAGGACAGGGUGGACUGCGGCUAUCCCGAGGUCACCCCCGAGCAGUGCAACAACCGCGGCUGCUGCUUCGACUCCAGCAUCCCCGGGGUGCCCUGGUGCUUCAAGCCCCUGCAGGAAGCAGAAUGCACCUUCUGA